AUGACGGCACGGCGCUGCAAGGCCGGCGACCUCUCUGCGGAACCACUCGCGCUACCUGAUCCGGUUGUAGCAAGUGGUCUGGACGGCAAGAUGUGCUCAACUCCUGCAGGAAUUCCUUGGGUGCUGCUUUUCCGUUUCUUCUCUGGAACGCACCGACGAGCUGCGAUGCAAUGCGCUGCGCUGCCGCUACGCAGCACGCAAGGUACGUGGACGCAAGGAAGCAACGUGUGGCAAGCCAAGGGGCCGAAGGUCCGCUUCAGCCCUGGUCUAGCGAAAGAAGAGAGGCAGAUGCCGGCCUCUUGUGCUCGUCCGCAGUAUUGGCGUCGAUCGCUUCGCAAGCUUCCAGAAGGACUUGCCGCAGGAGGGAAGCUGAAGUCCGGGCAAGUCGAGGCGCGAGAGACCACAAUGGCAGCGCAGUCGUCGCUCGUAUUCUCCGCGGACGGCUACGACGACAAGGGCCAGCUCUCCAAUGGACUUGCAGCCAGUCAGGCCAAACAGGACAGGCACAGGCACACGAGUACGGAGUACAGGCACGAGCACAGACACAGGCACAGGGUUGGCGGGUAG